ACUGAAGCUCUUGGGUAGACAGUCACACUCACAGAACCUACAUAUCGACCAAAGUUAGAAGUACACAAUGUAUUCUCAAAGUUCCAAGGGAGCGAGUCCAGCGCAGGCAACGUCUGAUCAAAGAUUUAAAGGUUCAGAUAAGUGUCCAGCGUGAGCCGGUGCUCGCAUGGUUCGCUCGCUUUAUCUCUCGCCCUUCUCCCUCGUCAGGAGCAAAGGGUGUACAGAUAGGGCGAGCCACCCAUGCAGGCUGAGAACAUACGGCCUUAAAACUUGAUCUGGAUAAUACCAGCGAAAGGAUCAUGCUCCCUCCACCUUCCAAACAAGACCCUAACCAAAUGACAGUUCCGGCAAAAUGUCUCCACCAUCCGCCUUGAUCGACCAUUCGACCGAGAUCGUGGAGUUGGCACAUAAGAAACCUGUUCUGACUGGACCAGUUCAGGUCUUGAAUGGCCCUACUAGGACAGUCGAAGAGAUAGCGGAACGAUGGGACGACUUCAAGUUCUCGCCUAUUCGUGAGAGUCAAGUCUCGCGCGCGAUGACACGCCGCUAUUUCAAGGACUUGGACACGUAUGCCGAGUCUGAUAUUGUCAUUGUAGGGGCUGGAAGUUGUGGCUUGUCGGCAGCAUACAUGAUUGGAAAGACGAGGCCUGACCUCAAGGUCGCUAUAAUUGAGGCUUCCGUUUCUCCCGGUGGCGGCGCCUGGCUUGGAGGGCAGCUCUUCUCCGCCAUGGUCAUGCGAAAGCCUGCUGAUGCAUUCUUGCGUGAGGUGGGUGUAGAGUAUGAAGAUGAGGGCGAUUUUGUCGUUGUGAAGCACGCAGCUUUGUUCACUUCGACUUUGCUCUCAAAGGUCAUCCAGUUCCCGAACAUCAAGUUGUUCAAUGCUACUGCGGUCGAGGAUCUCAUUACUCGUCCCAGUGGAGGAGGUAUUCGCAUUGCGGGUGUUGUUACCAAUUGGACACUUGUCACCAUGCAUCAUGACGACCAAUCUUGUAUGGAUCCGAACACCAUCAAUGCUCCAGUUGUCAUCUCAACCACAGGACAUGAUGGCCCUUUUGGAGCCUUUUCGGUGAAGCGUCUUGUCAGCAUGCAGCAGAUCCAGAAGCUUGGUGGAAUGCGCGGCCUUGACAUGAACGUAGCCGAAGACGCCAUCGUCAAAGGCACCCGCGAAGUCGUCCCUGGUCUCAUCGUUGGCGGAAUGGAGCUCAGCGAGAUCGAUGGCGCAAACCGUAUGGGUCCGACCUUUGGAGCCAUGGCCCUCUCUGGUGUGAAGGCUGCAGAGGAAGCAUUGAAAGUGUUUGAGGUAAGGAAGAAUGAGAACAACUCCUAAGAAUGGACGUAUUUGCACGUGUUUUUCAACAGCCCAGACUACGUAUUUCAACAUACAGUCGCCGCGCCUAAGUAGUAUGCAGAAGUCUUGAAUUCAGAUAUGAUCAUCGUUACAAAUUGAUUAAAUUGGUCACUGAAUAAUCCGG